CCCUCCUUGUAAUGUUCGAAACCCAACUAGAUACCUAGCACUCUCUCUCUCUCUCUCUCUGCCUCCCAAGGUUCGAGAAAGUGCAACAGAAUCGCUCCAACCUAUAAAGAACACCAACCCACCCUAAUCCUCAAAGUAAGAACCCCUCUAAAGAAGAAGAAGAAGAAGAAGAAGAAGAAUUCUUUGAUGGGUAUACGCAUCAAAGAAAUCAAGCAAAAUUAGUAAUCUUCGUGUGAUUUGUCCUUCACCUGUACCCCAAUAAGUACCUACAAGCUAGGUAGGAAGAAGAGAUUAUACAGGGACGACAAAUUAAGAGAAGAUAUAUAUGGGUUGUAGUGUUAGCAGUUGCUCUUUGUCUUUCAAGGUGUUGCUCGGGGGGAUUGCAACGGUGGUGUUUGUAAUGCUUUUGUUGGUUGGAGCCUUGGAAAGUGGAGCAACGUCCAAAAUGACAACCAGCAGGCUAAAUAGUGUUCAGGCUACUCAAAAUGACCUGAAAGAUGAUCAUGAAAAGGAUGUGAUAGGAAGAGAGAAGCUUGUUUACAAUUCGGAGUUGGAUCUCAACUACAUGAUGAGCAAGAGAAGAGUUCCUAACGGUCCAGAUCCUAUUCACAACAGGAGAGCUGGGAACUCCAAACGACCACCCGGACGAGCUUAGGCAUCUUAGUUUGAGAAGCUUCUGCAAGCAAAACGAUGAGACAAGAUGUCUGCUGUGCGUCUUGUAUGUAUUCUUUAUAAAUGGGACUAUAAAAUGCUCCUGGUCGUGAUGAAUUUGUUUGACAA